CCAGGGUUUCAGUCGCUUUGGAGGAGGCGUGAAUCGCGCAGGGAUUGACUAAUUUGGGGUGGGGGGCGCGGUAGGCGAUGGAGCAGCCUGAGGACAUGGCGUCGCUGAGCGAGUUCGACUCCUUGGCGGGCAGCAUCCCGGCCACCAAGGUGGAGAUCACCGUGUCCUGCAGGAACCUUUUGGACAAAGACAUGUUUUCCAAGUCCGACCCACUAUGUGUCAUGUAUACUCAAGGGAUGGAGAACAAGCAGUGGCGGGAGUUCGGACGCACUGAAGUCAUUGACAACACCCUCAAUCCUGACUUUGUGCGCAAAUUCAUCGUGGAUUACUUCUUUGAGGAGAAGCAGAACCUCCGUUUUGACUUAUACGACGUCGACUCGAAGAGCCCUGAUUUAUCCAAACACGAUUUUCUGGGCCAAGCCUUCUGCACCCUCGGAGAGAUUGUGGGGUCCCCUGGGAGCCGCCUGGAGAAGCCCCUCACGAUAGGAGCAUUCAGCCUGAAUUCCAGGACAGGCAAACCCAUGCCAGCUGUGUCCAAUGGAAGUGGUCUUUGGAUGGAAAGUUUGAGAACCACUGGUCUGGAAGCCUCCGGUGGUGUCCCAGGGAAGAAAUGUGGCACCAUCAUCCUGUCCGCCGAGGAGCUGAGCAACUGUAGGGAUGUAGCCACCAUGCAGUUCUGUGCCAACAAGCUGGACAAGAAAGAUUUCUUUGGGAAGUCCGACCCCUUCUUGGUGUUUUACAGAAGCAACGAGGAUGGAACCUUCACCAUCUGCCACAAGACCGAGGUCAUGAAGAACACCCUAAACCCAGUCUGGCAAACUUUCUCCAUUCCUGUGAGAGCACUCUGCAACGGGGACUAUGACCGGACCAUCAAGGUGGAGGUGUACGACUGGGAUCGCGAUGGCAGCCACGACUUCAUCGGGGAGUUCACCACCAGCUACCGGGAGCUGGCCCGUGGGCAGAGCCAGUUCAACAUCUACGAGGUGGUAAACCCCAAAAAGAAAAUGAAGAAAAAGAAAUACGUGAAUUCUGGCACAGUCACGCUGCUUUCCUUUGCGGUGGAGUCCGAGUGCACAUUUCUUGACUACAUCAAAGGAGGGACCCAGAUCAACUUCACGGUGGCCAUCGAUUUCACGGCCUCCAAUGGGAACCCCUCGCAGUCCACAUCCCUGCACUACAUGAGCCCCUACCAGCUGAACGCCUAUGCACUGGCGCUGACUGCCGUCGGGGAGAUCAUCCAGCACUAUGACAGCGACAAGAUGUUCCCUGCCCUUGGCUUCGGGGCCAAGCUACCCCCUGAUGGAAGGGUGUCCCACGAGUUCCCGCUGAACGGCAACCAGGAGAACCCCUCCUGCUGCGGCAUCGAUGGCAUCCUGGAGGCCUACCACCACAGCCUGCGCACGGUGCAGCUCUACGGCCCAACCAACUUCGCCCCUGUGGUCACCCACGUGGCCAGGACCGCGGCCGCGGUGCAGGAUGGCUCUCAGUACUCGGUGCUGCUGAUCAUCACGGACGGGGUCAUCUCGGACAUGGCACAGACUAAGGAGGCUAUCGUCAAUGCUGCCAAACUGCCCAUGUCCAUCAUCAUCAUUGGCGUGGGCCAGGCGGAGUUCGACGCCAUGGUGGAGCUGGAUGGUGACGAUGUGCGGAUCUCCUCCCGGGGGAAGCUGGCAGAACGGGACAUUGUCCAGUUCGUGCCCUUCAGGGACUACGUGGACCGCACUGGCAACCACGUGCUGAGCAUGGCCCGCCUGGCCCGCGAUGUGCUGGCCGAGAUCCCUGACCAGCUGGUGUCCUACAUGAAGUCACAGGGCAUCCGCCCGCGCCCCCCGCCUGCGGCCCCAGAGCCCUCGCCCCCACAGUCCCCAGCCCGCACGCCCCCUGCUUCCCCCCUGCACACACACAUCUGAGCGCUCUUCCCGAAGUCCCCUGGCCUGUGGCGGGCGGCUGGGGCCCGGGGAGGCCAGUGGAAGUGUAGGCGGGGUCUCCAAUUUGCCCCGCCCAGCGGGGGGGGUGUAUAGGCGGGGUCUCUUGCAAUUUGCCCCGCCCAGCCUUUGUAACAUGUGUGCCUGGGAGGCCAGCAGGAGGCGGGGCCUCUGAAGACUCCUCUCUAAUUUCCUAGCCUUAUGGCCCAACCCAGGGAAUUGGGAGGGUACAGGUGGUGGAGGUGAGGUUCUGGGCCCCUGCCCUUCUCAUUUCCCCCUGAUACCUGGUUCUGGCCCAGCCAGGAAGGUGUUAACAGUGAGGAGAAUCGAGGUCCCCCUCGGCCCACCUGGCAAUCCCGUCUGCUCCUAUAUGGCCGUGAAGCCUGGGCUGGGCCUCCCUCCUCCUGUGGUGUCUAUUUCUAUACCUGGCCCCUGCCCUCCUACCCCAGUAUCUAUCCCAUCCCUAUUUCCAGUGAACCCUGUGAGGCUGUUGGGUUUGCAGGGAUGCCUGAA